GAUAGAAGCAGAUCGAGACCUCCCAAGGUGGCGCCAUGAAAAUCCAGCUGCUGAGCCUCGUUUCUGCUGCUGUGGCUCUUUCGCUGCCUGAGAUGCCUGCCCUGCCGGAUUUAGUUGGAAUCGUAGAGAAUUCUUUCCAUGGAAAUUUUACCGCGCAGACCGUUGAGGAGCCAAAAGAGUUCCUCCCAACGAUUGCAGAAAUCAGAGCCAUGACGGAUCAGGAAAGGGCAGAACGCUUCCAUUGGUUUCUUUGUGUUUUUGUGGCGGUGUUUCUGUCUGUUACUAUUGUGGGAACCGUCAUCAUGGUCGUGGGAGCUGAAUUAAAAGCAUUCAGCUCCUACCAGGCUCUGGGUCAGACCGCCCCACUGAGCCAAGGAGCUCAACUACAGCUGGUCAUGUUGAGCUUCGGCAGCACGGUAUUGUUGAGCUUUGCUGCAACUCUGUGGAGCAUGGAAAACGGAAGGCUGUCCAAGACACUGGGCUUGGACUGGGAAAUUUAUUUGUUGCUGUUUUGUUGUGCCGCUGCUUCCCUGCUAGUCCAAGCCGUGCUGGCGGUGGCCUGGCUCAAAGCGGGUGACCGCUUUGAUGCCGCAGCUUUUGCUGUGGCUUCAUUUUCCUCCAUGGCACCGUUUUUAUCUGACCAGUGGGACACUUUGAAAGACAUCAUUUUUGGAGGGCUUUGUUUACAGUCACAGCACGUUUUCAUGAAGAUAGUCGGAGUGUUGAGCUGGUCGUACCUAGUAGCCUUCCAUGCCUGGUUUUUUUAUCUUGCAAGAUACCCACCUCGCGAUUGGUUCGACCGUUUAAGAAGGGGUGCACUGGGUGCAAACUGUUUUAACGAGCUGGCCACGAGUCACCUGUCAGUUUUGCUAAUCGCUCCAAAGGUCCAAGGUGAGUGGUCCGGAGGUUGUUGGGAAGGCAUUAUCCUCCCCACAAUUUACAGACAAGUGACAAAGAGCAAGCGCCACCACUUGCUCAUUGAGAAUGUGCCCCAGGCAUUGAUGUCUGUCCUUUUUUUGGCUGCUGAAGGCGGAUCCUUUUUUGUCGCUGCCUUGAAUCUAGUCAUACCCGGAGUACAGAUUGUUCUCACCUUUUUAUUGUUUAAGCCUGUGCGCGCGGCUGCGAUCCCGGCGCUGGGAAAGAGGCUCAACAGAGCCAUGAAAAGUGGCAACACUGUAGCGGCCAAAGUGUUGUGGGAAGAGGUAGAAAUCAUGGAUGAUGACGGGAUGUAUGACAGGCUGAUGCGUCUUACAGACGCAGAAAUCAUGGAUCACAGCCAGCUUUUCGCGGAGAUGCUGCCGCAUUUGACCUUCUUUCUUGAUGUAACGAAGCGCUGCGACUUCAUGAGCGAAGAGCUGAAGGACCUCGACAAGCUCAGUGACGAGGAGCUCGAGAUCCUGCAGCGCAUGGCAGGUGUGUUCGCCGGGCAGGAGAACGAUCUCCGAGACCAGCAGAUCGGCGAUUCCGGCGCCAAGGUCUUGGCGGAGGCUCUGAAAAGCAGCACCGCCAAAAGGGUUGACCUUAGCUGCAACAAGAUCGGGGACCAGGGUGCCGAGGCCCUGGCUGAAAGCCUUAAGACCAAUGGAAGUUUGGGGUUGCUUUACCUCCAUGACAACAACAUCGGUGACCGUGGAGCUGAGGCCCUGGCUGAAAGCCUUAAGACCAAUGGAAGUUUGGGGUUGCUUAAGCUCCAAAACAACAACAUCGGUGACUGUGGAGCUGAGGCCCUGGCUGAAAGCCUUAAGACCAAUGGAAGUUUGCGGACACUUGGCCUCCAGAACAACAACAUUGGUGACCGUGGAGCUGAGGCCCUGGCUGAAAGCCUUAAGACCAAUGGAAGUUUGUGGUGGCUUGGCCUCGAGAACAACAACAUCGGUGUCCGUGGAGCUGAGGCCCUGGCUGAAAGCCUUAAGACCAAUGGAAGUUUGCGGGCGCUUGGCCUCCAGAACAACAACAUUGGUGACCGUGGAGCUGAGGCCCUGGCUGAAAGUCUUAAGACCAAUGGAAGUUUGGGGUUGCUUCAGCUCCAAAACAACAACAUCGGUGACUGUGGAGCUGAGGCCCUGGCUGAAAGCCUUAAGACCAAUGGAAGUUUGGGGUUGCUUUACCUCCAUGACAACAACAUCGGUGACCGUGGAGCUGAGGCCCUGGCUGAAAGCCUGACGAGCAACAGCAGUUUGGAGAAGCUUUGGCUCGAAAACAACAGCAUCGGUGACCGUGGAGCUGAGGCCUUGGCCGCCGGGCUGCUGCAGAACCGAUGUCUUUCUUAUAUUUCUCUCAGUUGGGACUGUGGAUACAGGCUGUGGGGACUUUGGCGCACACAGGGCCGCGAGGCAUUGGAAGAGGCAGAGAAGAUCAAACAGGAGCGGGGCGAUGACUUCGAAAUCUGGUGGAAAUGA